AUGGGAUUGGUCAUGUUCUCCACCUCAGUUGGCAUGCCCAUGGUGGAGGAUGCCCAGGGGUUGGCUGAGCUUCCACACAACGAGCUGCCGGCCCCGCAGCUGGUCAUGCUCGCCAACGUAGCCUGUGAAAACCAAGCAGAAGGGAAGGAGAUGAUGGAGCUUCAAACCGUCGGCAGCUACUCCGAUAGUGAAGACGAGAACAUCAUCAGAUACAGUUACGAUAGCCAUGAGAGAGAGAUGUGUAUUGUAGACUACCCAGAGUCUCCACGGGCUGCCCUUACCCAGGUUGAGGAGAUUGACGUGGAGGAAGAAGGGAUUGACCUGUCCAAACCCUCUGACCAGCGCCCUUCUAGCCCUUCCACCCCUUCUACAUCUCUGGGCAUGAUCAUGGAGUCAGCUAAGAAGAAGAAACCCUUCUUCUGUAAACCCUGCAACUACCAGGCCCAGUGCGAGGAGGAGUUUGUAACCCACAUCAAAAUCCACAGCGCCAAUAGGAUGAUCGUGGUGAAACGCAUGGUGGGGGACAAGGCACGGGCAAAAGAGACGUUGGCGGGACCAGAUCAAGAGGCGGAGAGCGGCGAUGGCGGGGCCAACAACAAAGGGCUGAUCCGCUGUGAGCGCUGCGGCUACAACACCAACCGCUACGACCAUUACAUGGCUCACCUCAAGCACCACGAGAAGGAGGGCGACGACCAGAGGGUCUACAAAUGCACCAUCUGCACAUAUACCACCGUCAGCCAGUACCACUGGAAAAAGCACCUCAGGAACCAUUUCCCCAGUAAGCUCUUCACCUGCAACCAGUGCUGCUAUUUCUCGGACCGUAAGAACAACUAUGUGCAGCAUAUCCGCACUCACACAGGUAUGUCAAAUAUAACCUUUUCACUCCAAGUAUGCACUUAAUGGUGAAAGUAUGAGUUUUUUUUAACAGUAUAGCUAACUCUGUUUUUGCUAUUCUAGGGGAGCGUCCCUUUCGAUGUCCAUACUGUGAGUACUCAAGCUCCCAGAAGACCCAUCUUACCAGGCAUAUGAGAACACACUCAGGUGAGUGUCUAACACAGGCUACAUGACAUCUUUCUAGUAUGAGACAGUAAUUAGACAAAUAUGAUUGAUUGUGCAUAGAUAUAGGUCUCUGUUUUGGUUUCCUCUCAUAGUCAACUUUUUCUCCUUUGUUGCAUUCGCUGGAGCAGAUGGUUUUGGAUAAGAACGGUAAAGUGGUUUGCGAUACGUGCUGUGAGAUGCUAAGUGUUCGACCUGUAAUUGUUGCUUGUCUCCGUAUUGUGGUCCGUCUUCCCUGCAUGAAAUGUGUGCCAGUGUUCCCAUUGAUGUUAACAGCAGUUAAAAUGUCUCUAAACUGACCAUUUUCCACAUUGCUUUUCUUGGCAGGUGAAAGGCCUUUCAAAUGUGACCGCUGCAACUACCUGGCUGCCAAUCAGCAUGAGGUGACACGCCAUUCCAGACAGGUUCACAAUGGACCCAAGCCCCUGUGCUGCCCCCACUGCCCAUACAAGACGGCUGACCGCAGCAACUACAAAAAGCAUGUGGAGCUCCACCUCAACCCGCGUCAGUUCCUUUGCCCUGUCUGCAAGUAUGCCGCUUCCAAGAAGUGUAACCUACAAUAUCACAUCAAGUCUAGACACCCUGGCUGCCCACAGAUCGCAAUGGAUGUGUCAAAGGUCAAGCUGCGUGUCAAGAAACCAGAUUCUGAUGAAUUCACUGAUGAGUACACCAUGGUGAAUGGAAUAGCAAAGUUUGAGCUGUCAGCAAUUGAUGAUGAUGCCGAGGAGGGACCAGAGAUCUCUGGAGCUGAUAAACAAUCAAGCCCUAUCAAUCUCUCGACCAAGAGAAGCAUGCCUAGCCCUGUACAAGCUGCAGAAAGUGUAUCAAUGGACAAGACCCCCAAGAAAUGUGACAACUCUCCUGUCAAAGAGACCAAGAAGAGCAGCAAACCUAGCCGUGUUCAAGCAGUAGAAAGCAUGGCAACGGACAAGACCCCCAAGAAAUGUGACGUCUCCCCUGUCAAAGAGACACCUAAAAAGGCAAAGGAGAAGGCAGAGAAAAAGGUAACACUGAAACGCAAGAGUACAGAGAUGGGCAGUGAGAAUACAAAGCAGAAUGUUACCCUGAAGGAGAGCGGGAAGGAGACAGCAGCUGCGGUUGAAAUAGCAGGUAAUAAAGUUAAGAGAAGUCCCAAAAAACAGAUGACAGGGAAAACAAGUGUUCAGGAUAAGUCCGAAAUAAAGGAAACCGUGGAAAAAGUUCAAAAGGAAGAGGACAAUGUUGAGAAAGCGAAAUCAGUCAAGGACAGGUUAGAGAAAGAGACGCUGGAGAGGGAGAAUAUGGAGAAGGUGAAGGAGGAUAACAAGAGGCUGGAGAGGGAGAAAAUGGAGAAGGUGAAGGAGGAUAACAAGAGGCUGGAGAGGAAGAAUAUGGAGAAGGUGAAGGAGGAUAACAAGAGGCUGGAGAGGGAGAAUAUGGAGAAGGUGAAGGAGGAUAACAAGAGGCUGGAGAGGAAGAAUAUGGAGAAGGUGAAGGAGGAUAACAAGAGGCUGGAGAGGGAGAAUAUGGAGAAGGUGAAGGAGGAUAACAAGAGGCUGGAGAGGGAGAAUAUGGAGAAGGUGAAGGAGGAUAACAAGAGGCUGGAGAGGAAGAAUAUGGAGAAGGUGAAGGAGGAUAACAAGAGGCUGGAGAGGGAGAAUAUGGAGAAGGUGAAGGAGGAUAACAAGAGGCUGGAGAGGGAGAAAAAAGAGCAGCUGGAGAAACUGAAGAAUGAGAAAGAAGGAAAAGAGAACAAAAACGCAAUAAAAUCUCAGAAUACAACUUCUAAAAAAAUUGAGAAAGUGGUUGAAAAGACUGUUCAAAAAGCUCCUCAAAGUCAGGGAGCACCAGUGCAAAAACAAGGAUAUAAGAGCAAGACGAAGCCAGUGAAGAGAAAAGCUACAGAGGCCUUGGACUUAUCAAUGAAGGAAUCUCCUGAGUCCUGCACCAACAUUAAGGCCAAACGGUUAAAAAUCAAGCCUGCUGACAAGUCACAGUCAAAAGCCAGUACCCCCCGAAGCAAAACUACUGAGUAUUGCCCAGCGUCCGAGCAGAAGGACCCAGCAAACCAGAUUAUGUACUUGCCUGUAGUGAAAAAGCUGAAAGAGACCGAAAAGAGCAACAAGAAAGAAGCAAGCCCUGGAGAGACUGAGGCUUCCAGUGAGAACAAGGAGUUUUCCAUCAUUGAAAACCCCAUUAGCCCCCCUGAAAGCAACAUGUGUCCUGCCACAGAGCUUCAGCCAACAGUUGUACAGGAAGAGCAGCAGGAAUCUGACCAGGAGGAGACUGUCCCCGCUCUGGAUACAUCUACAGGGCAGAGCCCGGCUGAAGAACGGCCCAAUAAUGGAGAAAACAACCUUGAACUGCAAAAUGUAUCCCCAACCAAGGACACAACCCCACGAGCUGAGCAGGCUAAGGUCGCCGAGAAAGCAGAGGAAACUCCUGAAGGCUUCAGCAGCACCGACGAGUCCCCAUCUCACAUAGAAAGUGACGUCGCUCCUGAUUUCAGACUGGCACAGGGACAACCAUCAACACCAACAACACCCUCCCUGGAGCUCCCUAGGCCAAGAGGAAAGCCUUCUGAAACCGAGGAGGACGAGGGCAUCCACAGCCAUGACGGAGGAAGUGAGAUCAGUGACAGCGCCUCGGAGGGCAGCGACGAUUCAGGGCUCAACGGGCUGGCGGCUGCCGCCGGUAAACUGGCCAAUGACCCUGAAACUCCCACAGAAGAGAUUCCGACUCCAACUGAACUCAAGAGUCACAUGUGUGUCUUCUGUGACCGUACCUUCCCCUUGGAGGCGGAGUUCCGUCGGCACCUGAAUCGGCACCUGGUGAAUGUAUACUAUCUUUGA